GCCCGCCCCCAACGCCCGCCCCCCUGCUUCCUGAUUGGUAGAACUAGGCCACACGCAUGCGCUCUUAGGUUCUGAAGGCAUUUCCGGUUUGGGGCGUGGCGAGGAGGCCGGCGCGUCGGCGUCCUGUACGACUCGCCUCCCGCCACACUUCCUGUUUGGAGACCCACUUCCGGCUCUGAGGCUCUAGGUAGAAUCCGUGCAGCCGUUUUCCUUUCUGAGUGUUUUCGGAGCCGCUGGGGGUCCCGUUCUCGGUUUUUGCCACGAUUUGAGCGGUCGGUGGAUACCCGGAUGUAAUUUUGUGAACUUAACCAAUGCUCGUUAAUUUUUCAGCUUUUGGUGAAUGACCGCAUUACUUGAACUCUGCUGAUGUACUAAAGUUUUUUUAAGAAUUUUUAAAGAUUUAUUUUAUUUAUUUGAAAGAGUUGCGUAGAGCAGUAGAGAGAGAGAGAGAGAGGUCUUCCAUCCGCUGGUUCACUCCCUAAUUUUUAGGCCACAAUGGCCGGAGCUGGGCUGAUCCGAAGCCAGGAGUCAGGAGCUUCUCCUGGGUCUCCCACGUGGGUGCAGGGGCCCAAGCACUUGGGCCAUCUUCCACUGCUCUACCAGGCCAUAGCAGAGAGCUGGGUGGGAAGUGGAGCAGCCAGGACUCGAACCGACACUCGCAGAUCCAGCACCGCAGGCUGCAGCUCAGGCCGGCGCCCACCCGAUUUUUAAAAUUGAAUUUAAUUCAUUUUAUAGAGGGGCCACAAGGGGUAGAGGACACUUUUAAAAAAAUGUGGUUGAGGUGCCCAGUAGGACGCCCACGUCCCGUGUCAGCCUCACGCACCCCCUGCCAGCUCCCUGCUGAUGGAGACGCUGGGAGGAGGCCACCGGGCCCCCGCCACUCAACACGAACAACUUGAUUAAGUUCCCAGCUGCCAGCUGUUUGGGCCGCGUCCCAGCAGGUGCUGUGGGCAUUUGGGGAGUGAACCAGCGGCCAGCGUAUGGAGGAUUUCUCUCCCUCUCUCCCUCUCUCCUUCUCUCCCUCUCAUCAAUAAACCAGUUUUCCAAAGUUCCAUAUAAAUGAAACAGUGUUCCAGGCGGAUGCUGGAGGCUUUUCCGUCCUCUCGCUGGGCCUAACAGUUCAUUCCCCUGCGCUUCUGCGCCUUCUCCCAUCGUGCAACCCGAUCCGCUCUGUCCACUCACCUGCGGCCGACACCUGGGCCAAGUCCAGGUCGGACCAUCACUACGGGAGUCUUUUGUUCGGAUGUUGGCUCCGUUCCUCUUGGCCGCGCCCCUGUCGCCUCCGUAGGCUGAAGCUUGAUGGUGACAAGCUUUGGAUGUCCCCAAAAUACAAGCUUCAUUCUCAGCGUCCCGGCUUGGAGGCCGCAGGGAGGCAGACGGGGACCAUCCGAUGCGCCCAGGCUGAAGCCGGGAGCCGGGAGCUCCAUCCUAGUCCCGCGUGGAUGGCAGGGGCCCGAGGACUUCCUCAGUGACUCGUCCCCAACCAGCGAGUGGCCACGGGCUUUGCCAGUGGCCGUCACCCCUGCGUGGCGGCCCCGUCGCUGGGCCCAGACUGUGGACAUUCGUGCAUCGGAUUUCUGGGGGCUGUCGCUCCCUGUUUUCCAGGGAGCGUGUUUUGGAGGCGGUGAGGGUGGGGGAGAGGAGAGGGCAGAGGGGUGAAGACUUCAGAAACCGGUCGAGUCGGCAAACCUGCAGGGAGACGGGACCCAAAAACGGGGACCGCGGCGGCCUUUCCCAGUCCUACCAGCAGGGGGCAGCAGGCAGACGUCCAAUGCUGGAUCUGCCCUGAGAGAAUGGACUUCCCGCUGUCCGGCCGGACCUUGGGCCGCACGGAAUCAGAGACGGACAGGACAGACUCAGAUGGACCAGCCUGCUCCCCCCCAGCCAGCCCAGCAGCCUGGCCUCAGAGGCUGCUUGAGACAGAUCUUGGAGAUUGGCACUUCCAAUGCUGUGUGCCCUGGAGCAAGUGGCUUGACCUCUCUGGACUUUCUUUUUCCCUCGCUUAUAUUGGAGCUUUGUUUAUUUGUUUGUUUGGGAUGCAGGGCUACAAGAAAGGGGAAAGGGGAGGGAGAGAUCUUCCAUCCGCUGGUUCACUCCCCAAAUGCCUGCAACGGCUGGAGCUGAGCUGAUCCGAAGCCAGGAGCUUCUUCUGGGUCUCCCACGCGGGUGCAGGAGGCCCAAGGACUUGGGCCAUCUUCUGCUGCUCUCCCAGGCCACAGCAGAGAGCUGAAUUGGAAGUGGAGCAGCCUGAACUAGAACCCGCGUCCCUAUAGGGUGCUGCCUGUGUCAGCUUUACCCACUGCACCACCACUGUGGCCCCAGGCUGAGAGCUGUCCACCCCGAGUCUCUGCCAGGAGGAUUCUGGGUAUUCACAGGCUGCUCCCCUGGGGGGUGCACGGUGCCCACUGGACCCUGAAGGCUCUGACAAGUCCUGGUCUGAUUGACAGCCGCAGGCGGGACUCAGGAUUCAGUCCGGUCACAGCUGGCUGAUCUGAACCCCCAACCUGUGCUUUAGAUGUCCAGAGUGACCCCAGGAGGUGGACACUUACUUAACCCCCAGCUCCCCAAGGCUCAGAGAGGGCAGGCGACCUGGCCGAGGUCACACAGCAGACGGCUGGGAUUUGCCUCCCUGAACCCCCGAUGGUGGUGGCGUGGACACGUCCAGGCUGCUGUCCAGCGAGCUUGGCUGUAACCCGAGUCUCUCCCAGGCUGGGGGGUGACAGGGCGGAUCGGGCGGGGGUGGGGUGGGGUGGGCAGGUGACAGCCAGGGCAGGAGUAUUUUCCCAGACGCUGGUGCACAACAGCCUGGCACUGCAGACGGAGGCCCGGAGGGAGACCGAGGGCUGGUCAGCGGGGCACGCAGGGACCUGAGAGUCCAGGCCGUGGCCUUGGCCAUGGGCAACAAGCAGAGCGUUUUCACCCCUCAGCAGCUGGAGGAAUUCCAGGACUGCACCUUCUUCACCAGGAAGGAGAUCUUGAGGCUCUUCUAUCGGUACCAGGACCUGGCGCCCCAGCUGGUCCCGCUGGACUAUACCAGCUGCCCGCAGGUCAAGGUGCCCUACGAGCUGAUCUGCGGCAUGCCCGAGCUGAAGGAUAACCCCUUCCGCCAGCGGAUCGCCCAGGUCUUCUCUGAGGACGGCGACGGGCACAUGACCUUGCACAACUUCCUGGACAUGUUUUCCGUGAUGAGCGAAAUGGCUCCCCGUGACCUCAAGGCCUACUAUGCCUUUAAAAUCUAUGAUUUUAACAACGACGACUACAUCUGCGCCUGGGACCUGGAACAGACGGUGAGCAGGCUGACGCGGGGGGAGCUGAGCGCCGAGGAAGUGAGCCUCGUGUGUGAGCGGGUUCUGGACGAGGCCGACGGGGACCACGACGGGCGGCUGUCCCUGGAAGACUUCCAGAACAUGAUCCUGCGGGCGCCUGACUUCCUCAGGUGCCCUGCGGCGUUCACGGCCUGAUCCAGUCCGCAGACCGUGCAACUGUCGCUGGACAGCCUUGCGGGAGAAUCAGAACCCAGUACCGCCAGGCUGACAGGGAGGGUAACAUGGAUUAGCCCAGGGGCUACCUGCUGUGCGCUAAGAUGGUUUUACCUGCUAGGCCACAGCGCCGGCCUGUGACAGUCCAAGCCCGUGAGAUCACCUUCCCCUGGGAUAAGCCACAGGUUCCCUGGUAGACGGUCCUGAGCGCCGACACAUAGAGGGUCCCCUGCCUGGGGCCGCACCUGCUCCGGUGCCCUGCAGGUUCACCCAUUUUGCAGAGGUGCAAACUGAGGCCUAGAGAGAGCAGCGCAGAGCCCCUCCCCGCCACCCCCUUAGCAAUUUCCAGGCAGAGCCGCGUCCCCGCGUCUGAGUGCCGGGGGUACCCAGGGGGGCAGCAGGUGACGGCCACGUCGGGGUCCCGGCUUCAGCCUGGCCCAGCCCUGGCCUCUGUGCGGCUUUGAGCGGUUGGCCCAUUCAUUGUAUCUUCAAUUAGAUGCAGUAACCAACACCUUGAUACAAUGUUGCUCUUGAAGCCGCAGCAGGUGCCCUGGAUGGGGGAGGGGGGAGGGAGUGCUGCCCCCUGCUGGCGCCGCGAUGGCCUUC